AUGUCUCCCACGACCCUCUACGGAUCAGUGUCUCACGUCACUCGCUCGUCGGGACCUCCAUUCCUCAAGGAGGUCGUAGAGCGAGCUGUGUGGCGGCACACUGUGAACCGCAGGUCACCUUGCCAUGACCUGGCCAUGAUCUCGGGGCUUAACGCUCCCGCGGCCCGGUCCUCGACCAGGCCUCCUAGUGUGGCGUUGUCGCAGGUGAUGAAACGUCUCUCAAACGUCCCCCCGACGCCGCAAGAGGCCCGUGUCCCCGACGCCGCAAGCGGCCCGUGUCCCCGACGCCGCAAGCGGCCCGUGUCCCCGACGCCGCAAGCGGCCCGUGUCCCCGACGCCGCCUGCGGCCCGUGUCCCCGACGACGCCUGCGGCCCGUGUCCCCGACGACGCCUGCGGCCCGUGUCCCCGACGACGCCUGCGGCCCGUGUCCCCGACGCCACAAGCGGCCCGUGUCCCCGACGCCGCCAGCGGCCCGUGUCCCCGACGCCGCCAGCGGCCCGUGUCCCCGACGCCGCCAGCGGCCCGUGUCCCCGACGCCGCCAGCGGCCCGUGUCCCCGACGACGCCUGCGGCCCGUGUCCCCGACGCCACAAGCGGCCCGUGUCCCCGACGCCGCCAGCGGCCCGUGUCCCCGACGCCGCCAGCGGCCCGUGUCCCCGACGCCGCCAGCGGCCCGUGUCCCCGACGCCGCAAGCGGGUGUUGUCGACCCAUCCAGCGGGUGUCCCCAUCGACCUGGGCGGCCAUUUUCUUCCUCAUAA